UCAAUCUUGGUCCAACAGCUGAUAUCCGAAAAAUUCGAAACGUCAAAAUCCUGUGUUGAUUUUUUGUCCGCUGGCACUGAGUUCAAUCAAAAUUUGUGCAGAAUCCUGAAUAAUUCGUUCAUUUAUUAUAAAAAUACCAAACAAUGUCGAAAGUAGUGCGUCGAGACAUUUCCCCCAUGCUUCAAGAGCUUCGAAACUUCCUUCUGGGUAGGAAACACAAUAAUGCUCUCCGCUGGGAGGAUGGCAUUGCCGCCAGGACGCAACCGCCGCCGAAUUUGCCCGAAGGACCACACCACAAAUUAUCUGCCAACCAUUAUGUUUUGCGUGAUGCUCGCCGCGAAGUGACCCAUCCGAUUAAUUUGUCUUCCCGAGUUUUGCUCGGUGAAAAGGGUUCAGCCAAAAAGCUACCAACCCCUGGAAAAUCUUACGCAUGGGAUAAACACUAACGCAAAUAAGACACAUAAUGUGACAGAAUAAAUUGUUAAAUUAUGCGAUAUGAAAUCAAUAAAAAAAAAUUAGAAACAAUAAAACAUUGAGAAGACCAUAGUUCGAAUCAAAGAAGUUACCCUUA